AUGGCGACCUUCAAAGAGAAUGUGUUCUUCAUAUCUUCCUACGGAUUUUUUGUAAUAUUUUUGUCUCUCCAAGUUUCACAUGUUUCCUCUGCAGUUGACACAAUCUCCAUCAGUGAAUCUCUUUCAGGAGACCAGACCAUUAGGCAUGUGGUACAAACAGUUCUCUCCACGAACUAUAGUUUGGGUGGCAAAUCCACAAUCUCCUGCUCUAUACACGAUUUCUAUCUCCUUAAAAAUCUUGAACGGAAGACGCAGCUCGAGUGUCUCGUGCCGUUGAUAAGAAACCGUCGUGCAUUUGUUGACGCGAAUGAGAGUCCUAACGAAGAGAUGGUGAGUCCUAUCGGUGCAGCUUACGUGGAUUCUCUGUUCGCUUUGAAGCCUGUUGAGAGAGGCGGUGAGCUUAAAGAUGAAGAGAUUGUGACUUUAUGUUCGGAGAUUGUCUCGGCUGGUACGGACACUAGCGCUACUACGCUUGAGUGGGCGUUACUUCAUCUAGUGACCGACCAAAACAUACAAGAGAAGCUGUACGAGGAAGUUGUCGGAGCUGUGGGCAAAAACGGCGUCGUUGAAGAGGAUGACGUGACGAAAAUGCCUUACUUGGAAGCAAUAGUGAAAGAGACUCUCCGGAGACAUCCUCCGAGACAUUUUCUUCUCUCUCACGCCGCCGUUAAAGAUACGGAGCUUGGCGGGUAUGAUAUUCCGUCAGGGGCAUAUGUGGAAUUUUACACUGCUUGGGUUACUGAGAACCCGGAGAUUUGGUCGGAUCCGAGUGAGUUUCGACCCGAGAGGUUUUUACCAGGUGGAGACGGUGUUAAUGCUGACUGGACCGGAACACGUGGCGUGACAAUGUUGCGUUUUGGUGCGGGUCGUCGGAUCUGCCCGGCUUGGUCUUUAGGGAUUCUACACAUCAACUUGAUGCUUGCUAGGAUGAUCCAUUCGUUUAAAUGGAUCUCUGCUCCGGAUUCUCCACCCGACCCGACUGAAACUUACGCGUUUACCGUUGUGAUGAAGAAUUCGCUCAAAGCUCAGAUCAUAUCAAGGGAUUGAUGGAUAUAUUCGAACUGGAGCGGUCACGUCGGGUUUGUGAUAUGUUAUGCUUUUGUAUGCAUGUUUGGUCGCAUUGAUAUUAUUUAUUAAUAGAAUGCUUCGUUACUA